UCGGCCCUUGCAGCGUGUGGAGCUGCUGAACUGGGACUGUGCACUGUGUGUGUGUGUGUGUGUGUGUGUGUCUGUCUGUCUGUCUGUCUGUCCAGCUCCUCUCCAGCCCUCCGCUCUCCUCUCCUUGCUAUGGUCGUCCACAUACGCGGUUGCAAUUUCAGCACCACAGACAGCUCUCUCUCCAGCUCCAGCCUCAACACCGACGCCUCCACCCUGUGGGACUCCCCGGCGCCCCAAAGCCACGGCGGGAUGAGCCGGACUGGCCACACGGUGGUGGCAGUAUGCCUCGGCUUCAUUUUAGUGGCGGGGAUCCUCAGCAACUUCCUUGUUCUUGUUGUCUUCGCAAAGUUUCGCUCCCUGUGGACGCCCAUCAAUCUCAUCCUGCUGAACAUCAGUCUGAGCGACAUCCUCGUGUGCGUCUUCGGGACACCUUUCAGUUUCGCUGCGAGUCUUCACGGGAGGUGGCUCAUCGGGGAGCACGGCUGCAGGUGGUACGGGUUCGCCAAUUCACUCUUUGGGAUUGUGUCCCUGGUGUCCCUGUCUGUUCUCUCCUAUGAGCGUUACACCACCGUGCUGCGUUGCUCAAAGGUUGACAUCUCAGACUUCAGGAAGGCUUGGUUCUGCAUCGGAGGCUCCUGGCUCUACUCUCUCCUCUGGACCCUGCCACCCUUCCUGGGUUGGAGCAGCUACGGGCCCGAGGGACCCGGUACCACAUGUUCUGUCCAGUGGCACCUCCGCUCACCCACCAGCAUCUCAUAUGUGUUGUGUCUCUUUAUCUUCUGUCUGCUGCUGCCCCUUCUACUCAUGGUCUACUCUUAUGGCCGGAUCCUGGUUGCAAUCAAGAGGGUGGGUAAGAUCAAUCUGCUGGCAGCUCAGCGCAGAGAACAUCACAUUUUGGUGAUGGUGUUGUCCAUGGUGUCCUGCUACAUGCUGUGCUGGAUGCCCUACGGCGUCAUGGCACUGAUGGCCACCUUCGGUAGGUCGGGACUUGUCACUCCCAUUGCAAGCGUGGUGCCCUCCGUCCUGGCCAAGUUCAGCACUGUCAUCAACCCCAUCAUCUACGUAUUUCUCAACAACCAGUUUUAUAGAUGCUUUGUGGCCUUUGUGAAGUGCAACGCAGAGUCACAGUCUGUUCAAGGAGAGGAACACCCAACUCGAAGGACACAGUACUCUGGCAACUUCCCCGUCCACAGACAAACCUCCCUCAGCUCUUCACAACCUCCGAUCCUCAGCAGUUGUAGAAGCGCUGCCCUGUGCAGCCGGUCCAAUGACUGCCGUACUCUUGUUGUCCACUACACUCCAUAAAAGCUUUUUAUCAUUUAAUAUGACAGACUGUGAAAGUUAAAACAAAUGUUUCUGAAUUAUUGUCUAGAAUCCAAAGUGCAAGUAAAGGACCUCAACACAUCUCUCAACACCCUGCUAUUGAUUUUACAUAUGAAGAUGAAUGUCACUGGCAGCUCUUUUUUAACAUUUGAAUGUAAACUCAGUGCCAUGUAGUUCAGCGUCUGCUUUAAUGCAUAUAUUUAAUUUGGCAAGUGUCAGUGUAGCUACAUGUUUUGAAUGAAUGCUCUGAAAAUACAUGUAUGUGUUCGCUGCAGGUUUACCAAGCAGCCCUCCGUUCUCUGAGAGACUCUGAGCACAUACAUCCAGAUGCAUAUAAAAAUCAUAAAUCAAUGAAUGUCUUUCGUGGUUUACAUAAAAACAAUGUCCACUCCCA